AUGUGGUUUGCCAGCUGGAGUCAAGAGAACAGGAACCACCUGUUGAAGGUGGUGAAAACAGCAGAACGCAUCAUCGGUUCCCCACUGCCUGCUCUCACCGACAUUUACACUGGCAGGCUGACAAAGAAGGCCAGCAGCAUCGCACCGGCUCAAAAUCAUACUGGACACUCUUCUCCAAGGUUGCCUAAUAAUCAAAGUGAAGGGGAUGCUGUCACUCAGCAAUGUGAUAAAGUUGUCAUGGGCUCGCAUGACUGCGGUAGUUGUGACCCCAAGAUGCAGGAGACAGGAGGGCGAUGUACAGAAGAGGAAGCUGUCUUCAUCGGCCAUGUCGCCCCAACUCCAGCAACCUGCAACCCCCGAGUUCUGGCAGAGCGACCCGGCAUCAUGGUUCCAUGGUUCCAGCACAUCGAGGCACUUUUCCACCUGCGAGGAAUCGCCGGCGACGACUCCCGGUAUUACUUGGUCGUAACAGCCCUCGACCAGGCGACCACUCGCCGCGCCAUGCAGCUGUUGCGAACGCCUCCACAGCGCGGCAAGUACGCUGCACUCAAGAAUCUUCUGCUUCGGAGAUUUACUCUAACUGACGCUGAGAGGGCAGAUAGACUUCUUUCCCUGCCCGGUUUGGGCGAUAGCACCGCCUUGGAUCUGAUGGACAGUAUGCUGUCGCUGCUGGGCUCCGAGGAGGGCGGGUUCAUUUUCCCGCAUCUUUUCUUGCGGCAGCUACCACCUGCGGCCCGUGCGGUGUUGGCUAACUCCGCUUCUCUGGCCUCCGGCGACUACCGGGGCUUGGCUGAAGAAGCUGACCGGGUGCUUCUGGCUUCCAGACGGUUUGCCGUGCAGAGCGUAGAAGCGCCCCCCCUGCAGACGAUGGAGAACGCGGACCCAGCAGUGGUGGCGGGAGUCGCUACCCGGAAAAGCUCGACGGUGUGUCCCUCCAUGCUCCUUCACGGCCCCGGGAAACUCCAAUGCCAGCGUUCAGUAGCAGCUGUGGGCGCCGGCGAAGCAAGUGAGCUGCUCUUCAUCGCUGACUCGUCAUCAAGGAGACGUUUCCUGGUGGACUCCGGUUCGCAAGUCAGCCUGUUACCGGCCACGGACGCGGACAGGGCGACAGGUGGCUGCGGGCCGCUGCUGAAUGCAGCCAACGGCUCGUCGAUCGACACUUUCGGCUCCAGGUUGGUGACUGUGUGCUUUCAUGGACGCAAAUUCCAGUGGGACUUUAUCAUCGCCGCCAUCACGGUUCCCAUUAUUGGCGCGGAUUUUCUGUGUGCUAAUGGACUGCUUGUUGAUGUUGCUAACCGCCGAUUGAUUGAUGCUGUGUCUUUUUCAACUUUCACAUGUAAGGCGGGGGGACUUGGACCGUUAACACACGCUAAUUAUUUGGUAUCUGGUGACGUUUUUCAGCGUUUGCUGGCGGAUUUUCCGUCAUUAAUCACUCCCGCUUUUUCCACCGCGGACACUAAACACGGUGUCGAACAUUUCAUUCCCACGAUGGGCCCGCCAGUUUUUGCGCGCGCGCGCCGUCUUGACGCGGCUAAAUCGACCAUUGCUAAAGAGGAGUUUGCUACUAUGGAGCGUUUAGGCAUCGUUAGGCAUUCUAAUAGCCCGUGGGCCUCGCCCUUGCACAUGGUGCCCAAGUCAGACGGUUCCUGGCGGCCUUGUGGGGAUUUUCGCCGCCUUAACAACAUCACAACGCACGACCGCUACCCUAUUCCGCACAUCCAGGACUUUUCGGCGCGCCUGGCUGGCGCCGCCAUUUUCUCGAAGGUAGACUUAGUUCGUGGUUAUCACCAGGUGCCGGUGCGUGCCGAGGACGUGCCCAAGACCGCAGUAAUAACCCCGUUUGGGCUUUUUGAGUUCCUGCGUAUGCCUUUUGGCCUGAAGGGGGCAGCACAAACCUUUCAGAGAUUAAUGGACUCAGUUUUGCGCGGCCUCAAUUUUGUGUUUGUUUAUCUGGACGACAUUUUGGUGGCGAGUCCUUCAGCCGAGGAGCACCAGUCACACCUAACACAGGUGUUCACACGUCUUGACGAGCACGGCCUGAUCGUCAAUCCUUCUAAAUGUCAGUUUGGGCUGUCAGAGAUUGAUUUUUUAGGUCACCGUAUUUCAUCGCUGGGUGCGAUCCCUUUGCCUUCAAAAGUGCAUGUGGUGGCAGAUUUUCCUCGUCCCUCCACUGUCAAAGCUCUGCAGGAAUUUUUGGGCAUGAUUAAUUUUUAUAAUCGGUUCCUUCCUCGCGCUGCCCACCUCCUGCAGCCUCUUUAUGGUGCCCUACGGAACAAAAAGGCAAGCGAUUCCCUCGAAUGGUCUCCUCAGCGAGUCCAAGCUUUUCAUAGGGCUAAAUCCGCGCUCGCAGAGGCUGCUCUCCUCGCCCACCCUGUUUCCGCGGCGCCCGUGGCUUUGACAACGGACGCGUCUGAUGUCGCCGUGGGCGCUGUAGUUGAGCAGCGAGUGGCGAAUGUAUGGCAGCCCCUUGCGUUCUUCAGUCGUAAACUGCGAGAUAACGAGCGGAAGUACAGUGUAUUUGACCGAGAGUUGUUGGCACUGUAUCUUGCAACACGCCAUUUUCGUUUUCUGUUGGAAGGUCGGUCCUUCACGGCUUUUGUUGACCACAAACCCCUGACGUUUGCCAUGUCAAAGGUCACAGAGCCUUGGUCAGCCCGUCAGCAGCGUCACUUGUCGGCCAUCUCUGAGUUCACUACGAACAUUCAGCAUGUGGCCGGUAAGGUCAACCCUGUGGCUGACUGUCUCUCACGCGUACUCGUGUGCCCCGUGCAGCUCGGUUUAGAUUUUUCGGGAAUGGCCGCUGACCAGCCCGACGACCCCGACAUCCGCGCACUCAAACGGGUGUUAGUGCUCGAGGAGGUGGUAGUUCAGGAUGGCGGUCCCGCCCUCCUCUGCGAUGUUUCCACUGGCCGCCCUCGGCCGGUUGUUCCGGUAGACUGGCGCCGCCGGGUUUUUGACGCAAUACACUCCCUGUCGCACCCUGGCGUUCGGGCUUCCGUCAAGUUGGUUGGUGCCAAGUUUGUUUGGCCUGGCCUUAGGAAGGAUGUUAGGCAGUGGGCAGCCGCAUGCGUGGCAUGUCAGCGCGCCAAGGUCCACCGGCACACAAAGGCGGCCCUCGAACCAUUUCCGAUUCCGGUCAGGCGGUUUGACCACGUGCAUGUAGACUUAGUUGGCCCCCUCCCUCCGUCGCAGGGUUAUACACAUUUGCUAACGAUGGUAGAUCGUACCACCAGAUGGCCGGAAGCGGUUCCUCUUUCCUCCACUGCCUCGGUAGACGUUGCUCGCGCGUUUCUGUCAGCCUGGGUUGCGUGUUUUGGCACGCCGUCUGAUAUCACCUCGGACAGGGGAUCCCAGUUUGUGUCAGAGCUUUGGUCAGCGUUGGCCCAGUCCUUGGGUGUGCAGGUGCACCGUACUACAGCCUACCAUCCCCAAGCUAACGGCUUAUGUGAACGUUUUCACCGGUCGCUUAAGGCGGCUUUGCGUGCGGCGCUCGUUGAUAGCAAUUGGAUUGACCGUUUACCUUGGGUUAUGCUCGGGUUGCGCUCAGCCCCUAAAGAGGAUCUUGCAGCGGCCCCCGCUGAAUUGGUGUUCGGUCAGCCACUCCGCGUUCCGGGGGAAUUUUUACCUGAGGGUUGGACCCCGCGACCGUUUCCCUUUUUGUCGAGGGGGUCCUUGGCUCCCGGCCCGAUUCACCACUGUUUCCCUAAGUCGUUUGUGCCAUCGGAGCUUAAAUCUGCCCGUUUUGUCUUCGUACGUCACGACGCCCACCGUUCGCCCCUCCAACCGCCUUACGAUGGCCCAUUUAGGGUGCUGGAACGCGGUCCUAAAAACUUUGUGCUGGAUAUGGGCGGGCGCAGGGAAUGCGUUUCUCUGGACAGACUUAAACCGGCGCAUUGUGUUGCAGGUGAAGAAAUA